AACAUGAAAAUAUGCCAAAUGUAAUCCUGAAAAAAGGAUAUUGUACUAGGAGGAGUCGCCAUGCUAGAUGCUAAUGGCGAGGCAAAGUGAGCUAAUAGUUGGCAAUGAUUUCACGUCAGGAGAGAACGUCGUUACGUCGGGAAGCAGGAGCCGCUGUCACGGCAGCAAGUUUACCCCGCUGGAAGCUCCAGUCACCUCGUCGACACAGGAAGCAAUGAUAUUAAUAACCGCAAUAAGGCGAGAGUUGUCAAGUAUCGUUGUCACUGCUCUAGCUAAGCGUGUGUGUUCGCGGCCGAGGGGAGCGACAUAUUAAAAAGCCAAAUAAUACCGAGGUAAGGAGCCGAGGAGUGGCCGAAAAGCAACCGUUUGUCGGCGUUUCUUUUUUUUUUUUUUUUUGUAUUUUCCAACGCCCUUAGACUCUUAAAAAGUGUCGUCGUUCGAGCGCACAUAUAUUGUAGGCUCCAGCCAGCGCAUGAUUUUUUUUUCCUGCUCUCCUCCUUCGUUAUAAAGUCGCCAUUUUGCUUCACUGCCUUUUAUAAACCAUCCGCUAUUCCAAUAUUUCCCCCCUCAAGGAGUCAAGGAUUUGACGGUCUUUUGGGGCUAUUUUGGAGUGUUUGACGACAAGCGCGAAGCGGUGUCUUGUGGUAUAUACUGUGCAUAUUAAUGCAGCAAAGGGAGGGGGCAGGCGAAAUUACCUUGAAUUGUUUUUGAUUUCGUCAACUGUGGACAAGACGACAGUAUUUCCUCCAUCGCACAGCAGGUGGGAUUGCGAUGUAACACAACAUUGUCGGAUUUAAACGCCUCGUCUGUGGACCCCCUCCUCUUCACCUGGCUGACCUGGGACCAGCCGGCCCUGAACGCUGGCUGACCGGCCAACACUUCAGGCAUGGAAAGCCCAAGUGGACCCAGGUUUGGGAAGCUGUCAGCAUCAGGGCUGCCACGGGGCCGGACCCCAAAACAUGGACAUACCCAGGAGCCUGUUGGAGCUGUGUCAUGUCUUGAAAACAACAACAAACACACUCCUGUGUGUGAUGAGGCACCGGAGGGGAAGAGGAAAGGCCGUCCUAAAGCAGAGGAGCAGGAACUAAGAAGCAUCCCUCCCCACAUGAUUGUACAAUGGAAGGAAGAGUUUAAGCGUCGCUCCAGAGUUAAGUGUCCAUGUUCAGGAUGCUGGUUAGAGUUUCCCAGCAUUUACGGUGUGAAGUACCACUAUCAACGCUGCCAGGCGACCAGCGAUACUGAGAAGCAGAGUCAUGGCUGUCCCUAUUGUGAGGCAGUGUUUGCAACAAAAGUGCGCCUGCACAAGCACAAGCUCUGGAACCAUCCAGACAGGGUUAGUUUGGACUCUAGAGAUGAGCAGCUUAAGCUUCAGAAGGCAGAUGUCAAGUCCAGCAGUGUCAAAAGGCUCUUGGAGAACAGCCCCCCAUCUCCAGUGUUUUUCAAAGUGAAAAAAACCCUGGAUGUAUCCACCCCAUCUCACAAUGGAGAGCUGACCCACCACAUUAGUGAGAGGAAAACGCACAGCAAACCUUUGCUACAGAGUCACCGCCCUCAAUCAGUCCAGCCUCAGUUUGAGCAGUCCCAAAGCACAUCCUCUGAUGCAGGGGAUAGUGAAAGCGAAGGUGGCAGCCUUCCGCCAUCUUAUGCCGAUGAAGACCCAGAACGAAUGAAACACCGACGCAAGCAAAAAACACCGAAGAAAUUCACUGGAGAGCAGCCUUCAAUCUCUGGAACAUUUGGACUGAAAGGUAUGACAAAAGUAGAGGAGAAGCUGAAGGCAAGCCGUGUGAAAAGGCUUGAGGGGAGUGGCUUUAAUGAGGACCGUCACAGACAACCAACAGCAAAUCAGUCCUUAAAUAAACAUACAGCCACAACAAGUUCAGGUACUGUUUCUGAUGUUCAGUGGCAGAAAGCCAUCUCAGAGAGAGGCGAGGUGGUGUGUCCCACCUGCUCCAUCGUCACUAGGAAAACCAUCCACGGUUUGAAGAAACACAUGGAGAUUUGUCAGAAGCUUCAAGAGGCGCUGAAGUGCCAGCAGUGCCACAAACAGUUCAGAUCCAAGGCAGGACUUAACUAUCACACCAUGGCAGAACACAACCCCAAGCCCUCAUGGAGUGAAGGACAGAUGGACGACGAGCAUGAGGAGAGAGAACGACUACGGCGAAUACUCAAACAGAUGGGAAGAAUCAAAUGUUCCAGUGAGGGCUGUUCAGCUUACUUCUCCAGUCUAAUGGGCUACCAGUACCACCAGAAGCGUUGUGGACGUGAGAGCUCUGAUCGUGAGAAACCCAUGUUUCUGUGCCAGCAAUGUGGAAAAACAUAUCGCUCAAAGGCUGGCAGGGACUACCAUAUACGCACUGAACACUCCCCAACCAUCACUGCUACUAUGACAGCCACCAGCAACAACAAAGACAGUAGCACUGACACCAACAACAGCACUGGUAAAGAAAAGAUAGCCUCUGAUAGGUUGCCAGGAGGGAAGAGGGAACAAAACCAGCCUGAGUGGUACCAAAAAGUACCAUUGGCUCAGGAGAAGGACAAAGCUAAAGACAUGGGCAUUCAAGAUGGAACCAAGGAAAAGGCAGUGCAAAAUAAAAGCAUGGAAGAGGAUUUUGAAAGGACCCCGAGUGGCAGAGUGAGGCGCCGGUCAGCUCAGGUAGCAGUCUUUCACCUGCAGGAGAUCGCAGAGGAUGAGCUUGCCAAAGACUGGGGCACCAAGCGUCGCAUCAAAGAUGACCUGGUGCCUGACAGCAAGAGGUUGAAUUAUACCCGCCCUGGCCUUCCUAACUUCAGUCGGGAUUUAUUAGAGACCUGGAAGAACCAAGUCAAGGAAAACGGCUUUAUCUGCUGCACCAAUGAAAACUGUGAUGCUGUCUAUUCCAGUGUGUCUGGACUAAAAGCCCACCUUGCCAACUGUUGCCAGGGUGAUGGAGGACUGGCCAAGUACACAUGUCUAAUCUGUCAGAAGGAGUUUAACUCAGAGAGUGGUGUGAAGUACCACAUCAGCAAAACACACUCACAGAAUUGGUUCCGUGCAACAGAGAGCGAAGGGAUUUCAAGCAGCAAGAGUAAACCUCUGGAGGACAAUGGCAUUAAAGCCAAUGUGAGGAAUGGUGCCACCACUGGUAAGAAGCGAGGCCGCAAGCCCAAAGAGCGUCCCCCUCUGGUUGUUGCUCUUAAAUCACAACCUGAAUCUGAAACAGCUACUACAAAUGAAGACUCAGUCCCUGACAUGACCCCAUUCUCUGACUCCACAAAGUCCCCCACACAAAGCCUAGACUUUUCGGAUAUUAUUAACCCUGACUUGAACCGACAGCCCAAUGCCUCUACAGCACGAAGAAACAAACUAAACAGGCUGCCAUUGUCCGAUUAACUCUGCUUUUGACGAAGGAACCACAGACGACGCCUGCUCUAAAAGGUUGUUGAACUUCACAAGAACCUGACGCUGAGAAAACUGCUUUGUCAGCUUUUAGGACACUAAAUGUAGAACGUACUAUGUCUGCAUUUUAAGAAGUACGCAUACAACGGUUGUGUUUUCCAUUCCAUCUUAGGCACACAUUUCAGUUCCCAAACUCACCAAAAUCAAUGACUUCCACAUAGAUAAACUUUUCUCAAGAAAAAAAGUGUUUCCCGUAAGGGGAGGGUAAUUCUCUUAAAGCAGAUUCCCUGUUAGCAUGAUCACGUAGAUAUGCUCGUGUAAACUGUACUCUGUACAUAAACAUUAUCUCUAUACAAUUAUAUACUCUAAGCAAAGAUGCUGUGUAUUAUUUUAACAUCUAAAAAUCCCUCAUGGAUCGUACAUAUGUAGUCUCAAUGUUUUGUUGGAUGUUUUCAGUUGUUUCCCUUUUUGGUUUGAUCUUUUUUACUUACCUUAAAUCACAACUAAGCUAAAUUGAUGGUCAGUUUUAAGCAUAUUUUUUAAAUAUUCCAACAGUUUAAAUGCAUUUUUAAUGACAUUUACGUUGUAAUUGCAUCACUUGAAAUGUGUGUUGUUUUUAAAUCCAUAAUGAAGUGGAAAGAACAUGAUUUACAAAAAAUGUUCACUGACAUUAGGAGAUCAAAUUGUUUUCUUCUGUCCAUUGUCAACAUACAGAAUAUCAUGUAAUUGAUUUCACCAAAAAAGCUUGAAAUAUUAUGACUGAAGUUCAACUAGCAAAGCUAGUUUGACAGAAAUAUUAAUACCUGUGGAGCUGGUUGCACUGUUGCGGCACAAUCAAAUGAGGUAAAACCUUUUUUUUUUUAAAGAAAACAAAAAAAAAGAGGCUGUAUUUUGGCUAUUGCUUUAUCUUUAAUCAAAGUGAUUAGAAGAGAAUGAAAAUAUAUUUUAUAGAGGUUUAAGAGAGUGCUCUUUUAUGAAAUAGAAACAUUACAAAUGACGAUUCGCCUAUAAUAAUAUACUGUAUAGGAACUCACAUCUCAACGUUCAAAGAUAUCGCAUUGCACUUUAUCCCUUGUGAUUUUGCACUCCUAAAUACUUUAAUCUCACCUAGUGGCUAUCAGACACGGGAACAAAUAAACUUUUAGAUUAUAUUUAUGGAUAAUAGAUAUCAUAACUCAGCAUGAGUGUAUUAGUUUUAACUCACCACACAAAGCCAUAACUGCCAGCUCCCGUAGUGAUCUUUUUUGCAGAAAUAUAAAUCCAAUAUUGUCAAGUUACUUUACAUCUAAAAGUGUGCAAUCGGUGAGAGUAGUAGAGUAGAUACUUGAUCCACUGUUGGGCAAAUGAAAAGAACGGAAAACUUGCCUUCCCAACAAUGAUAGACAAAGUUAAUCAUGUAAAAUCCAAAUAGCGCUUUAGCUGCUCUAUCUUAAGGACCUGUUACAACUAAGCAAGUCCACCAAAUCAUCUCAUCCAGACACAACGUUAAAUGUCAUCACUUCCAUUAAGCCGUGAUGUCAACAUUUUGAUGAGCAGCAAAAUCAGAAAUGUUUGCAUCCAAAGUGACACACUUGACCUUUUUUAUAAUAUAAAGCUAAGAUGUAAGAUCUUGGUUUCUGCAUUUUUUUAUCAACUGAUAUAUUCAGGUGGAGAUGAUUAUGCAUGUGUCUGUCUCUGUUAACAAGAUGGACCACCUCCUUCUAUCCAGGUCGAGCUGGUGAAGAUUUAUUCGAAAAGCACUGAUUUAAUUUCCAGUUGAGUAGUCUAAAACGUGUGUGUGUGUGUGUGUGUGUGUGUGUGUGUGUGUGUGUGUGUGUGUGUGUGUGUGUGUGUGUGUGUGUGU